AUGAGUGCAAUAGUCCCUUCACAAGAGCGAUUAUCAAAAAAUAUUCCUAAAACACUUGAAAACACUCGAGAAUUUGAUGAAACGAUUGUUGAUCCAAAUAAUUCUGAAGUAUGUGAAGACAUAGAAUCGGAUGAAUUUUCUGCUUAUUUUCGUGAAGGUACAGCACCAAAAAUCCUCAUAACUACUAGUAAAAGGCCAUCGAAGGCUGCAUACGAGUUUACAUCUGAAUUAGUGGAUGUGUUUCCAAACAGUCAAUUUAUGAAAAGAGAUAGUAAAUAUUCAAUAAAGCGAAUCAUUGAAGCUUGUUUGGAUCGAGACUUCACUGAUGUAAUGAUAAUAAACGAAGACAGAAAAAUUCCAAAUGCUGUCACUUUAGUUCAUUUGCCUGAAGGUCCUACUGCAUAUUUUAAAUUAACAAGCAUUAAAUUAAGUCGCGAAAUUGAUGGCCAUGGAAGGUCAUCAUGUCAUAAACCUGAAUUAAUUCUUAAUAAUUUUAAUACACGGCUUGGUCAUACUAUUGGUCGGUGGUUUCAGGCACUUUUUCCUCAUGUCCCAGAGUUUCAAGGACGUCAGGUCGCAACUUUUCAUAACCAACGUGAUUUCAUUUUUUUUCGACGCCACAGAUAUGUGUUUAAGAAUAAAGAGAAAGCUGAAUUACAAGAAAUUGGUCCCAGAUUUACACUCAAACUCAAGUGGUUACAAAAAGGAAUAUUUGAUAAAUAUGAAGAAUAUGAAUGGAUAUUCAAGCCGGCCGAGCGGGUCACUACUAUAGAUGCUGGUGAAAUGUGGUGA